ACAACUAUGUUUAAAUCAAAAAAUUUCAACUGCCGAAAACAAUCAAACUCGCCUUAUCUUCUGAAUUUGCUAAAAUGAAAACAAACGAAAUACGCGUAGAAAGUAGAUCUCUAUUCUCAGUUGAUGAAAGAGUGAAAACUUUUAAAAACUGGCCAUUUAACGAUACAAACAGAUGCAACGUCCGAAACAUGGCUGAAGCUGGUUUUUAUUCGGUUGCUACGGGAGACGACGAUGCUGACGCCGCCAAGUGUUUUCUUUGCGGCAAGGAGCUGGAUGGUUGGGAGCCAAACGAUGACCCUUGGUCGGAGCACAAAAGCCAUGCACCAAAGUGCGCAUUUGCACAGCUUGGAAAGAAAGAGGACGAACUUUUGUGUUCGGAAUUCCUUUCAGUGGUGAAACAGUACAUGACCAAUGAGCUGAAUCAACAAGCUGAAGCUGUCAAAUCACAACUUGACAAUACGGCCAAAACAGUACGGAGAACUUGCUUGAAACUGUAAUCCAGUCACAUAUGAACUAGCUAUCAAGGGACUGAAGAUAACCAUACAAAAUAUAAGACAUUAAUUAAGUUUUCAACAUGCUACGUUUUAUUUCAAGGCUAGGUCAGUUUGUGUGAAAAAAUAUGACUUUUCAUUUGCUUCUGUCUAGGAUUACGUUGUUUCUGUCUGCAUUUAAAUUAUUACUACAGCAAUUUAUUUGAUUUUUGUAAAGUUUUAGACAUUAAAACUACAGGUAUGAGACAAUCUAGAUCAGUGUUUCCCAAAGUUGACUGGGCUCCGAUCAACCUAACAAAAACUGCCAAAUUUGAAACCCACCUUUUGGAUGUCUUAAAUUAAAUAAGGAUCAUGAAAUAUUAUUAGUAGUGCCUGUUACACGGUGAGCAUGUCUUCUUAUGUUUCUUGGGAAUGGCUGGUCUAGCUAGUUACCCCCUUAUUCAUAAAAGUCUACUAAAGUUGACAAGCUGCUAAUAAUCGUUUGUCCCUUUCCAUCAUACCAAUGUCGGAAAGGGACAAACGAAUAUUAGCGGCUUGUCAACUUUAUUAGAUGUUUGUGAAUAAGGGGGUUUGUCACUAGACUUAUCAGGUGUGAUCGCUCAACCCUUGUUUUUUUUUAGCAAAUUCUGGAUAUUUUGGCACUGUUGCAUUAUAUUUAGCAUAAGAAGGCAUGCCAAAUGUAUGACAGAUCCAUGGUUGCCUAGCCAGGGCUUUAUUUUUAACUGACUUCAAUUUCAUAGGAGGAGGUUCUGUAGUACAUACUCAUACUAUUUAUUGCAUUCAUGUACAACAUACAAAAUAAUAUAUAUAUGAAACAUGAACCCUGUCAGGGUGUAGCAAAUUAGUUAUUUAUAUAUAUCUUAAUAAUAAUACAUGCAGUUUUAAAUAUUUCAAAAUAACAAUAACAAGGAAUGGAAUCAAAUGAACAUAACCCAAAGGAAACUCUAAUUAUAUCUAUAAUCUACUCCUAAAAUAAUAUAUUCGUAAUCAGUUGUGGCUAUUUUUUUUUAUAUAGAAUUUGAUUGAUAGUAUAGAUUGUGUCAUUCAUGGAGAUGUGUGCCUUGACUCGAAAUGUUAUUUUAUUAAAGGUUAAAUUGGCACGUUGCAUGUACCUAAAAUUUGCACAUGCAGGUUGAGCACGUGAAACUUUUGUUUAUUUUUAAGCCCUUUAAACCGUGUUCUUGCAAAUAAAGAUUUUUAUGAUUUAUGGACAAAUCCGCUUGUGGAUGACACAAACUAUAUUAGAAUAAGUUUUGGUAGGUCAAAAGUCUACACCUUGACAUUGGCAAAAUCCACCUUACUAAAAUUGGCGAGGAGUAAAAGCCAUUAAGGAAAAAAAAAGUAUUGGCAGGAGAGUUGAGGUGACAUAGAAUAACAAGAAUUCUGAUUUAAGAAAACUGUGUAAAUAAAUUGAGUUAUUUAAGUACAUGAUAUUAAAAAAAAAGUACAUGAUAAGGGCUAAAUAUCAUGAAAAAAUCUUAUGGUAAAUUUAGUAAUUACCUGCUUAACUUGUUACCUGAUAUAUAAAAUCCUGCUGUUGGCACAGGACAUAUUCAUGUAUGUGUGACUUAACACAUUCACUGCCGGGAACCCACCUGGUGGGCGCUCGUGAACUUUGUUCAGAUGCCGGACAACCCGCUGGGCGGGUUGUUUUGUACGCAGCUAUAGACCACCGGUUUCUGGGGUAGUGCGCCGUUUUUUGUCUGGCAGUGAAUGUGUUAAAUUGGUGUAUUCCCAUCUGUGCCUGCCUCUUCUAUGGCGGUGGUCACAUGGAGCGGGGACAGAUGGGUAUACACCCUUAAAUUCUAUCAAAUAUAAGCGGUGUGAUUGAUACCUAUACAAACAAUUGUAUUUAAAAUAUAAGAUGAAUGAACUGUAAUUUUGUAGUAACUAAUAGUGAAUAAUGAAUGAUUUCAUAUAAAUAAAUUUCAUUACAACUUUGAAA